AUGCUGGGGCUUGCAGGUGCCAAUACCGAUGAGGACAGUCCACGUGUCCGCUCGGAUCCAGCAUCGCAGCGAACGCUUGUGAAGCAGCUUCAUCGUGUGGACAUGACGAAUGCAGACUGGCACGACGGAUUGCAAACACCGCCUCACGUCUUUACGAAGAAGCCCACGGCGUUGGAAUCGCUGUCAAGAACUGCCCCGGUCGGGUCGUCUACACCGAUGCAGCGAAGAAAAUUUGCUGUAUAUGACGGACCUUCGACAGUGCCGACCAAACGUCCGUCCAGCGACAUGGACCGCUAUCACGCAAUAGACGAAAGCAUUGUUGCACCUGCAUGUGCCAAGCGAAGAUGUGCAAGACGCAACUCGCACAAGCUCUCUGUUGUUGAGCAUGUUCAAGAAAUGGUAGCCCCGAUGGAAGACCGACUGCCGAAUGCAGUGGACACUGUGGCCAACGUGUACGAUGCAAGGAACACAAGAGGAGUCGGUGAUCCGGAGCUCACCAUUCUCGGUCGAUCACUUCUUUACGCUGCGAUGGCCGUUGAAUGUGCUGAUGAGGAAAACAAUGGUGCAGCUUCUUUUGCAAGUCACCGACCGGUCGAAGAGCAAGUCGGGGAUGUUGAAGCGGAACCGCAGCGUGCUGAUGACAUUAGUGAUAAUCGUGAAGCAUUGUCACCUACUGCUGCUGGUUUGUUCUGCGAGGAAGAGUACGCUGAGGCUACAGACGAAGAUGACGACGCUGCAAAACGGGUGUCAAACGGAUGCAGCACGGCCUCUAGCACAACGUCGGCCGAUCACGAGUCUAUCAGCUCAGGCGGGCAGAUCGGAGGCAAGCACAGUCGAAGUGCCAUGCAAGAACGUGCUGUGCUUCAAGAGUUCAGCGUGUGGCUUCGGAACGUGGCAGCAGACGCACGCUCGUGCGAAUGA